AUGUCUGUCAGCUUCUCGGUGGAUUCUGUCAACGCUCGUCCAGAGGCGAUCAACCGGAUAGAUGAUGGAGCUAUGACGGAAAUGACGCUGAAUGAGAACUGGAGGAUGGCGCCUGCGCGCCUAGGUGUACCGAGCAUCGUCAGGGAUUAUCAGAAGUGCUCUGGUCUCGUUCGGGGUGUUCGGCAUCCAGAAACUUCUAUCAUCUAG